CUCCAUCUCUCCAUCUCUGCGCUGCUCACCGGCUGCGCCAUCCGCUCACACAGACUCCGGAGCUGGUCAGGGACCCUGACUCUUGACUGCAGGGACCCUGUCCCAGACAGAACGCAGGCAUGUCAUCCGAAAAGUCAGGCCUCCCGGAUUCAGUCCCUCACACCUCUCCACCCCCUUACAAUGCUCCUCAGCCCCCAGCCGACCCCCCCGCCCCGCCCCCUCAGACUGCCCCUUCCUCGCAUCAUCACCACCACCACCAUUAUCACCAGUCCGGCACCGCCACCCUCCCUCGAUUAGGUGCCGGAGGCCUGGCCUCUUCCGCGGCCAGCGCUCAGCGCGGUCCCUCGUCCUCCGCCACAUUACCGAGGCCACCCCACCACGCCCCACCCGGCCCCGCCGCCGGGGCGCCCCCGCCUGGCUGUGCUACUUUGCCCCGCAUGCCACCCGACCCUUACCUACAGGAGACUCGUUUCGAGGGCCCACUGCCCCCGCCCCCGCCUUCCGCCGCCGCUCCGCCCCCGCCGGCGCCCUCCCAGACUGCUCAGGCCCCAGGCUUCGUGGUGCCCACGCACGCGGGAACGGUAGGCACGCUGCCGCUGGGGGGCUACGUGGCUCCGGGGUACCCCCUACAGCUACAACCCUGCACUGCCUACGUGCCGGUCUACCCUGUGGGAACGCCCUACGCGGGUGGGGCCCCGGGGGGAACGGGGGUGACCUCCACGCUUCCUCCGCCGCCCCAGGGUCCAGGGCUGGCCCUGCUGGAGCCGAGGCGCCCUCCGCACGACUACAUGCCCAUCGCAGUACUGACCACCAUUUGCUGUUUCUGGCCUACGGGUAUCAUUGCCAUCUUCAAAGCAGUGCAGGUGCGCACUGCCUUGGCCCGUGGAGACAUGGUGUCGGCGGAGAUCGCCUCGCGCGAGGCCCGAAACUUCUCCUUCAUCUCCCUGGCGGUGGGCAUCGCGGCCAUGGUGCUCUGUACCAUCCUCACCGUAGUCAUCAUUAUCGCUGCGCAGCACCACGAGAACUACUGGGAUCCCUAA